AUGAGGCCGUCGAUCGUGCUGUUCGGCGACUCGAUCACGGAGGAGUCGUUCGGGGAGGGCGGCUGGGGCGCGCACCUGGCCAACCACUACUCCCGCUCCGCCGACGUCGUCCUCCGCGGCUACAGCGGCUACAACACGCGCUGGGCCUCCCUCGUCGCCGGCCGCGCCAUCGCCACCCUCCCCCGCUCCGCCGUCGCUGCCGUCACCGUCCUCUUCGGCGCCAACGACGCGUCCCUGCCCGACCGGGCCAGCGCGUUCCAGCACGUGCCCCUCUCGGAGUAUAAGGACAACCUCCGCGCCAUCUGCGCCGUGCUCCGCACGCGCUGGCCGUCGGCGGCGGUGAUCCUCAUCGCGCCGCCCCCCGUCAACGAGCGCGGCCGCGUCCGGUACCCCUACGGCGGCGACGUGUCGGGCCUGCCCGAGCGGACCAACGAGGCCGCCGGGCGGUACGCCCGCGCGUGCGUGGAGGUGGCGAAGCAGUCCGGGCUUCGGGUCAUCGACAUCUGGUCCAGGAUGCAGAAGUUUCCCGGCUGGGAGACGUCCUUCCUCAGGGACGACGGGCUGCACCUGACGCCGCUGGGGAACCGGCUGCUGUUCGAGGAGGUGGUGUUCGCGCUGAGAGACGCCAAUUUGAGUUUGGAGGUGCUGCCGGCUGACCUGCCGCUCUGCAGCGACAUCGACCCCAACAACGCCGUCAAGUACUUCCAGGAGUGACGACGAGAUUCCACAAGAACUCCGUCGAUCGAUCUGCUAGGCCGGGGAGUUCCGUUCUUUAUUUCUACAUACACAAGAUGAUUAUCGUGCUGGAUUCGUUUGUUUGCAUGCAUUGG